AUGGCGGCUCCCGGUGUGCGGCUGUUGGCCUGUAUGCACUUGUGGGCCCAGCGAGGAAAUCAUGUCCAGCAUCCAAUUCUCCGGCGAUUCAGCUGUCCCGGAACUGUGGCCGCUGACUUUAAGAGAGAAGAGCAGCCGCUGGGCAGCGUGGAGACAGGCUCUGAAGACAGGAUUCUUCAGAAAAGAUUCUCUGAAGUGCAGAAAGAAAGACGAGAACAGGCACAACGAACAGUUUUAAUAAAUUGCCCAGAUAAAAUUAGUGAAACAAAGUUUAUUAAAUAUUUAUCUCAGUAUGGCUCUAUUAGUAAUCAUUUCUUCUAUGAAAGCUUUGGUCUCCAUGCUGUUGUAGAGUUUUGCAAAAAGGAAAGUAUAGCUUUGCUGCAGAAAGCAAGUGGUAUUUCAAGCUCGGGCACAGAAGCAGCCAUUCCGUUCAGAUCACGUUUCUUCAAUUUAAAAUUGAAAAAUCCAACUUCUGAACCGCCUCCUAUACAGCGUAGUAAUCAGUCUCCUCCUUCAAACAGAAAGCUUUUUGAAUUACUUUGUUCUGCAGAAAGUAUAGAUGAUCAGCUGAACACACUCUUGAAGGAAUUGCAGAUAACAGAAGAGAACACCAAGCUCCGCUAUCUUACCUGUUCUUUUAUUGAGGACAUAGCAGCUGCCUAUUUUCCAUACUGCACAGUCAAACCAUUUGGCUCUUCGGUGAAUAGUUUUGGGAAACUUGGAUGUGAUUUGGACAUGUUACUGGAUUUAGAUGAAGCUGGAAAACCGAAUCCUCAAAAGCCCUCAGGAAAUUUUCUGAUGGAAUUUCAAGUGAAAAAUGUUCCUUCAGAAAGAAUUGCAACGCAGACGAUCUUGUCCGUGAUUGGAGAGUGCCUAGACCAGUUUGGUCCUGGCUGCGUGGCUGUGCAGAAAAUCCUAAACGCCCGUUGUCCGCUGGUCAGGUUCUCACACCAGACUUCAGGCUUUCAGUGUGAUCUGACCGCCAACAAUAGGAUUGCCUUAAGAAGUUCCGAACUGUUAUACAUCUAUGGUGUUCUGGACUCACGCGUGAGAGCCUUGGUGUUCAGUAUACGAUGCUGGGCUCGAGCCCAUUCAUUAACAAGCACUAUUCCUGGUGCAUGGAUUACAAAUUUCUCCCUUACAAUGAUGGUCAUCUUCUUUCUCCAGAAGAGAUCACCCCCUAUUCUUCCAACUCUGAAUUACCUAAAAACCCAAGCAGGUGCAGAAGAUAAAUGCGUAAUAGAGGGCCACAACUGUACGUUUACUAGCAACUGGAAUCUAAUUCAGCCUUCAAGAAACACAGAAACACUAGAAGUGUUGCUGAGGGAAUUUUUUGAAUAUUAUGGAAAUUUUCCCUUCAAUAAAAAUUCCAUAAACAUUAGACAGGGAAAGGAACAAAACAAACCUGAUUCUUCUCCUCUACACAUUCAGAAUCCUUUUGAAACUUCUCUCAACAUCAGCAGAAAUGUAAAUCAAAGCCAGCUGCAAAAGUUUAUAGAUCUGGCCAGAGAAAGUGCCUGGAUUUUACAGCAGGAGGAUAAAGAUCGUCCUUCACCAUCAAGCAGUCAGCCUUGGGGGUUGGCAACCUUGUUGCUGCCUUCUCUACCAAACAGGAAUUCUCUUACCCAGAAGAAAAGGCAGAGGCCUGCAAGUGAAAGAAUUAAAAAAUUGUUAGAAUCUAUAAAAGAGAAAUCCGAAAAUGCUAUAAACACCAAUGAGAAAAAAAGAGUGGACACGCAGGCAGGAUGUCUGCCACUUUGCAGUAAGGACCAGUUUUUAAUCAUGUGGAAUGAUCUCUGGACUACCUGGAUGAACUAG